AACAGUUCUACAGCUAACAGCAGCAGCAGCAGCAACAACAACAACAGUAGCAGUAACAACACUAACAAUAACAACUUGGGUAGUAACUGUAGCAGCAAUCUGAACACAGCGAGCUCGGCGACUGCGACUCACAGCUCUAACAGCAGCAGUGGAAACAUUACAAUUAACAAUAGUAGUACUCAGAAUAUCGGCGGUAGCGGGGGCAGCAGCGGUCACACAAUGGCUAUCAACAGUAGCUCCAGCGGUGAGGUUGUCGCACCUCCACCAUCGACAGGUUCGUCUCAGCCUACCACCGAGGUAGACACGGACUCCGACGUCACAAUUGAGACGGUAUCAACAAAUAACGGGCAUUCUAGCCCACGGGUAGACAAGAUAAUGAUGGCAGUUGCAGUGCCUGGUCGUUGUCGGCGGAUGGCAUCGCUCAAUGCGCAAGCCAUCCUUGCAGCGAGUCUUUGUCACGACGAAAAGCGCCCACCGAAAAAGAAGGAACCGCCCCCAGCGCCUUUAACGCCGACAACUUUCGCGCCAGAGGCGCCCGCUGCGGCGACUCCAGCCGUAUCGCCGCGAAUGACCCCAGCUCCCGGCGCCGCAAUGGGAACCCCUGGCACGGGGGGUGUCGUUAGUGGGCCAGCCGGUAGCGUGAUUAAAAUUGAGGACAUCGAAGAUGAAGAGAAGACGACCACGGUUGAAGAGGAGGAGAUCGUUCAGAUUGUGCAAACGACAAAGAUAAGAAGACGCAAGAUGAAGACGUCGAAAAGUCCGAGCGGAGGCCAGCCCAGCCCCCCGGCAACACCUCGUGCAGCAAUCAAGACGAAGCCGUUGAAGAAGAGCGAGGUAUUGGAUGGUGAUACCGAUGAUCUGCUUGAGUUGGCUGCGAUGACCGGAGUCGUUGGCAAAGAGGAACGCGAACAGGAUAUCAAAGUCGCCCAAGAUUCUUCGGCAACAGUCACCCAGGCACAGCAGGUUACAAGGACGUACACGUACACGGCUACAAGCACGGCAUCUGGAGGUCUCACCGGUGUUCCAAGCGGAGUUACUCCCACUGCCUUGCCAGCCAUCGUUCGACCGCCGUUGGUCAUUAGUCAGGCCCAAUCUCAACCCACAACGAUUCCGUUACAGAAUCAAGCGGCCUCAUUUAGCUAUGCGGCAACUGUAAAUGCGCAAAACAGCAAUCCUCAAGGAGGCCAAGCAGCUCAGAUGCAGGGCGGCACCAUGUACAUGACUAACAUGAACAUGGCCAAUGUUGCCGCUAGCAUGGGCAAUAUGGCUACAGUUGCGGCUAAUGUGACCAACAUUACAAAUCCUGGCAGCUAUGCGACCAUCGUCACAGCUCCACACUUCACAGUGCAACAACCCGUACAAGCAUCGAGCACCCCGUUUGGCAUACCAACAGCGUAUUAUCAGGUCCAGCCGCUGAUCCACAAGCCUAUUGCGUUCCACCCGAACGGGGCGUACGUGGCAGGUGGUCAGAGCACAGGCGGCGUCGGAACUGUCGGCGGAGCAAACUCGGCGGCUGCAGCUGGCCAGACGAGGACACCUGCUCGCAGCAUUGUUGUGCAGGUGCCCUCGACUAGGCAGCAACAACAGCAGCAGCAACAACAGCUAGCUCAUAACAAUAGCAGUGGCAAACCAUCGUCGACAAGUGGCAUACAGGUGGUGGUCAAUAAUACUAAUAGCGGUGCGGGCGGGCCGAGCGGAGCCGUUGGCGGGACCGCGGUCAACUGCGGGAACAGUGGCCUCCUGAACACCAGCAGCAACAAUAAAAACAAUAAUAGCAGCAAUUGCAAUAAUAAACCGCAGCAACAGUCACAACAGCAGACACAACAACGGCCGACCAGUAUCGCACAGCCAGCGACAGCAGGGCCUGCCGCAGCCGGUGCCGUUUCGGGGGGAAUUCCGGUUCAACAACAACAGCAACAACAGCAAAAGCAGCAGCAGCAGCAACAACAGACGGGAGGUGUCACCGUGUUAAGGAACCCGGGCGGGCGCGGUGGCGUCGCGAACGGAGGUUAUGGAAGUGGUGAUGUGAGUAGUGCGGCCGGAGGCGCCUUAGGGGUUCGUGUGUCGAUCGAAACAGCGGCGAUCGCUUGUCCGCUUGCGGCAGGGGCUGUGGGCGCAAUCGGUGGGGUAAACAGCGGGAAGCGUAAAAUGCAGGGUGGUCCUUCGGGAGCGGCUGCUUCGGGGCUCGGUUCUGCAGUAGCAAAGUGUGAGCGAGUCGAGAAGGGAGACAAUCAAGGCAGGGAAAAGAAAAGCGGACUUCUCACCGGGGGUAUCAAGGUUGACGCCCCCAUAAAAACCAACAGUCCUGGCAAGAGAAAGUAUCAUGGUUGGUCCACGCUGGGUGAACCCUUUCUUAAAAGGGUGUGUACAAGCAACGACCAGAUGCACAACGCGCUUGUGCGUGUGUGCUUCCCGUUGAUGCGACACUCAGAAGGUGACGAAGUACGGCCACGGGACUGUGUGUUACUGAAAAGCGGACCGCGUGUCAUUGACCUGCCAUUUGUCGCUAAAGUCGGAUCGUUGUGGCAGACAACCGAAGGCGACUUAAUGAUCAGCUUGCUUUGGUAUUACAGACCCGAACACACGGAGCAGGGACGUCGCUCCAACCAUAUGGAAGACGAGAUAUUUGCGUCUAAGCACUGCGACUUCAACUCCGUCGCCUGUAUCGAGGACAAGUGUUACGUGCUCACGUUUGCGGAGUACUGUCGCUACCGAGCGAAGGUUAAGCAGCUGGAAGAGGGUGUACGCUCCAGAGUAGCCGCGAUCGUGCCACCCCUGGCGCCGACGCCGCGUCAGGCAAGGCUCCCUGAUCCUGGAAGGGUGUCUGCCGAUCUGGUUUUCUUCUGUCGAAAAGUCUACGACUACCGGCAGAAGCGAAUACUGAAAAAUCCCACCGUGCAGAUUAUCGCUAAGGAUCCCAACGGCGUAGGAGGCGAGGGAAACGCAUAAUAAAGACACCAAUGAAAUGAAGGUUUAAACAGAGGAAUGCUAAAGUGAAAGAAUCAGGUUUAUCAAAUGAUACUAACGUGAGGGAACAGCAAGAACUGGUGUUGGGCUAGUAACCUUCGUAUAACUUACCACUAUUAUUAUUGUGAUUAUUAUCGGCCGCUUGCUGAUGUGUUAUUACAUGGCGAUGUGUCGCUAUUCCAAAGGGCUUAAAUACAGCAUUGAUUACUAUUGACGGUAGGUCUACGACACGAGGACGACGGUUCGCCGCCUUGGGUUGGUGCUGUGCCUAAACUGCCAGGGCACACGCAAGGCCGAUACCGGGACUAUGGACGAUAGUGGAUUAUGGAUGAAUAAUAAUAGAACUGCUACGACGAUUCUAUAUAUAUAGAAUAUCGUUCCGUGAAACACCUACUAUUUAUGGUAAUGUAGAGGUGAUAUGUCAGGAGGAAUACAAUUACCUUCGACUUGUAGAUAAAAACUAGGGUCUUUAACGGAUAUGCGGCAUAUCUCGUUCUGGCCGGCGGGACACUUAUCUUUCUCAUAAUGAAAGACAAACGGGGAAAAAGGUCAAGACUUUAAAAACAGAAGAAAAACGAAAAGAGAGAAGAAGAAAUCCAGACUAACUUGAUACACUACCUAAACAAAUGGAGCACGAGAGACGGCUGCCUUGCGCUUUGCGAUCGCUAUGCGCGCGUCUGAGCAUGCGCGGGAAUCGCGGUGCAUUUCCUGUAUAGAGUAACGUACCCGAAAUAGAGAGCAAAUUGUAGAAAAACGGUAAGAACGAGAAACAGAUCGAGCGAAAGAGAGAAAAGUAACUUAAUAUUACCUAAGGUAUAUAUAAAAAAUAAAGACAUUGGGGAAUGCAACAUAAGUAUGUAGCAGAAAGGAUCACGCACGCGCUCACACAGACACAUACAUAAAACAAACAGACAUAGCAUUAUUAGCACAUAACUAAUAGGUCAGACGUAUGUGUAAACCGAAUAUUUUCGGACGAAUUUCUCCAUUUGAUUCCAUCAAGACAACGACAGCUAGCAAGGUCGCUCUCGACAGCCCUGUAUUUUUUUCGACGCUUAGUGAAAACGUAACAUCAGAUGGUUGCCUACCAGAUGGCGUUCGCAAUGGCCAUAACAAAUUAGAUACGUACAUACAUAUGCGAUUGCUUUUAACCGGGUCGCACAUCAACGAACGAGUCGUCGUAUUUUGUGACGAAAUGAAAAAACUUUUUUGGCCUUAACUGGAAUGGUUAGCAGGACUGAUUGAGCUAAUUUUCCGUUACCUUCUAGUUAAUAGGUUUGCUUUUUUAAUUCGUUUCGGCAGAAUCAAACUGCGCAUACAUGGGUGUAUUAUGUACUCGAUAUUGUUCGCCGAUUGAUCAACGUCAGGGCUUAUUGAGUCACUCAUUAUUGACGCCUUCGUCCAUGAUUGUUUGUCUAUUUGUUGGAGUAUUUAUGUGGCCGGCUGCUGGCCACAUGCAUCGAGACUAAAUUACCGAGUACACGCAAACGUACAUAUAUCGCACAGUAUAGAUCAUAUGUUCUUUGAAAAGGUCUGCAUAGAAGACGAGCAUGCGGGGCUUGUGAGGACGGGGACGCAAUAGUACAGUGGUAGGUAAUAAGUUGUCCUUAAGCGAAAGCACCAUUAUGUAACACUGAUGGUGAUCUGUUCUAGAAAGCGCGUACGCUCGAGCAGAAGACACGCCUGUACAAGACCUUCCUGCUACUAAUCCGAUACCAAGAAGCUGGCAGUUACGCUGCUAUCUCUUCCGCUAACGGGGGAGAAAGAGGAAGAUGUAUGUAUAUUUAGGGCAGAUAGAAAACUAAGAAGAGGUAAUGUAAUUAAAAUAUUUAUCAUUAUUGUUUAGUAUUAGCAGAAUUACUAUAAUGUACGAGUGAUGUAUUUAUUGCUAAGCCACUAUCACGGCAACGGUAACGACUGAACUGAACAAUCACACGAGGCGUUCACGCGUUUAUUAGGCAACCGACUGUAGCAAAUGUCUCCGUCUGCAUCGCAUAACGCACACACAUAGUACCCGCAUAUAAAGGGAGGUAUUGAGGUUCUCGGCCGAGGAAGAUCUGGGGACAUUUCCGUUUCGUGUCAUAUUCUAUGUAGCCCGUGUGAAACUGUGCUCCCUAAUCGAAUGUAGAGGUUGGGCUCAGGUUUGGGCGGCAUCAGCAGACAGCACGAAAGAAACAAUGGCAAAAUUCCAACGAAGACGUAACGGCCAAUAGCCUUUAAAGCAGCUAAACGCAGCGUACGCACUGAAACGCGCAAACCUCAACGAUGAAGUACUAACGUGUACGUAUAAUAAUGUGAGCUGUCAAUCAAUAGUAAAUUGAUUGCAUUUUCAAAUCGUCGAACCGCGGUGCUUUUUCAAGGGUUACGAUAAACCGAGCGACAAGGCGCGCUCCUCUACAUCUGGCGUAGGGUACACAGGAAACAUGCAGUGCGGAUAGGGUGCACCAGAACUAACAGCAGAGCCCAUUGUGAUACGUCACCGUAAUAAGACUGUUUUCCCUUUGUCAAAUUAAGCUUCGAUUUGUGACCAACAGGCUGGAGACUGGACAAGAAGUCAUUAAGAAAAAACGAGAAACAUAUAGAAUAACCGUAGUAAAGUAUACAAAAUUACGCCAAUAAAAGCCCGUGCAGACAUCUUCCACGAAAAAGUACUUGUUUACACAGUAAACAAUUAACGAGACAUUAUUGCCUUGCUCACGAAGGACACCAAGUCUGUUAAUAUCAUUAUCGCUGUAACCCUUAUAAUUAUGUCGUGUAAUUAUUACCCUAUGAAAAAAUAUUAGCAAACAAAAACAGUGGGACAGGGUGGAUAUGUGCGUGUCUGCGAAAGCACGUAAAUGAAAAUAGACUCGAGUACCUAUGGAAUGAAUUGUCUGUGCGAGCCUUUCGCUCUACUGUUAUUCAUCGGCAAAUCCGAGAGGGACGUUAGAAAAAGCACGACCUAACACUUGACGACAAAGCAACAAAGACAAAUCAAAAGCUAAACAGACGUUUUUAGGAUUUAUAUAGAGGAAGUGGACUGGAAACUGCGUGGACAGAAAGCAAUUUCUCUGUCGACUAUACAGUGAUGAUCAUUGAUGUAACAUACUAUGGUAUAUAUAACGAAAAGGUAUUCAAUGACAUCAGUAUGAAGCUCCUGCGAAGAACUGGUGCGGUAAGUUGGCUAUUCGUCGAACAGAUGAUAUCGAUGCACAGAGAUUUAAUAUAUGGUGUAGGUGAAGAGAGAUGGUACGGAGAAAACAAUGAAUACGUAGCAAAGCACAAAAACGUAGGCCUUGGAAGCAAUACGGUAAGCGUUCGGCUGAACGGGCUAUUGUUAGCGUACGCGAUAUAGUACUGGGAGACAAAUGGACGCCAAAAACCAUAAUCAUGACAAGCGUGCAGAGGUAAGCGAAAACGAAGAGACAUUCCCGGACGAUCACGGGCAGAUAGAUAAUAACUGUAACAUAGUUUGGUUAUGGGCUCGCAACGUGGCCAACGCUACAUUGUGACCAAAAUCCCUCGAGAAAUUGACAACGAGGAAAACGAGAAAUGAUUGAAAAUGUGUAUUGCACCUCCACAGUCUGACUGAAGCCUCCGCGUGUGCAUCAUACAUAGAGGGUAAAUGUAGACACGUAUUGAUAGAUUAAUCUAUAUAUAAAAACCGAGGAAGACAAAAAAUCUAGGUUGAUAAAAAGAAAAAUCCAUGUACAUAAAUGUAAUUGUAAAUAUAUUUAAUAUAAGAAAAAAUAUAGACUGUAAUUUGAUCAAAACGCUAGCGAAUUGUUUCUAGGUACAUAUGGAAAAAAAAUAUCGAAGCACCAAUGUUAUGCGUACUGCACCCUAGUUUCAGCCUUAGUAAGUGAAUCCGUCGUUCAGAUAUAGUGUAUAUAGUCUCUGUUAUUCGAACGUGCUCUUUUCUGUCACAUGUAAAAUUCGCGGAACUCACUCGGUGAGGCGUUCACCUGAUGCUGUCGCGGAUUCAGAUGCCGCGUCAGCACCUACCUACAUC